UCUGGAGUGCGUAACCGCAAAGAAACGUUGAAAAGCGCACUUUGGCAACCUGGCGGUCCUAACAAGACCAUCAAUGUGAUUAACGAUGUAACAACCAACUGUUUGCAAUUUUUUCAACUUAUCUGUCCAAGUAUCAAGUGAAUUACGCCACUGUGAGCGAUAUCCCGUGAUAACUACUCGUGCAAAUCCGUUGAGACAGCAAGACCUUGGAAUUUGAUAAUCUUCUUGUGAACGUGCUGAUUAUUAUAUUUGUAGAAGAGACGGUGGAAGGGAAUUAUACGAAAUGACUCAAGUAAAGUAAUGACUACUUAGGCCUCUUGAAAUUUUUAAAACGUUAAUAGUUGGACUACGAAAGUGAUAGAGUCAUGGAUUAUCGAUAUGGAUAUCGCUAUAGAGAGGAUGAUGGUGUGGAAGACGAGAAUGGUUGCGCCAGCAAUUUCGUGGUGGACGAUAGCAAAAGUUCGUCGAAAAGAGGGGUACCCCAGACACGAGGCACUGCCAUAUCCUUCGGAUUCCGGCGAAAAUCUCGUGGCGACAAUCAGCACACAUCAAUAAAAAAUUAUGAGACCGAGGAGAUUCCACAACGUUCUAAAUCUGUUGGACCUGAACAAGUGAGGAGACGAUUAGUUGAUGAUGAUGAUCGACAUCAUCGAGUUCAAAGUGCGUCAUCAGGUCGAUCGACACCUAGAUUGGCACCACCCAAAAAAGAAGCUGUUAGUGGAGCUGCCGUGAGAACUAAUCGAUUCGGCUUUAGACAACCGCAAGCAAGGUACACAGACAAAGUGGCAGACAUUUGUUCCAGUCAUAGUGCGAGUCAUUUUAAUCAAGAAAAGAUGCAGCAAGAAGCAACUCAUCAUAUCUCACGAGCAUCAUCAAAAGUAAUUCAGCCAAUGUACUCCACCCAGCCCAGUUCAAAAUUACGACCAUCUCCAGUCAAUAAUCCUCCAGGAUAUCAUCACAACAAUAAUAAUAAUAAUAACAAUAAUAAUCAUGCCAUGGGCGAAACAAAUCGAAGAAUGACAGGCAUUCCAGAACCAGUCAGUAAAUAUACCCUCCAUACAAGUCAUUUACCUUUGCCACAAUAUGCUGUGAGAGUCAAUGACUCGAACUCAAAGGUCGCCAAAACAGCGGCCAAUCAAUGUCGAAAGAUUUCAACUGCUUCAAAAGGCUCCGCUAGUUCUCAAUCAGGUUCUGGAACUGAAGAUUCAGGAAUCAGUAGUCAACCGGGUUAUUCUGUGGAUAGCGAAACAUUGAGAAAUAUGGAUUAUAUGGAUGCAGGUUCUCCUGCUAGAAGGAUUAAUGUCAGACCAAGAAAUCUAAGGAUGGUCGUCAACGGAAAGAGUUUCGAUGUACGAGAUGUAGAUAAUGACAGUACUGUCACUGAGAUCUCAGUGAUUGCAUUGCCUAAGGCUUUUGCCAGCGUCAAUCUCAGCACAGGUUUAGUUCGAGAGCGAACCAAUCAGUAUCAAAGAAUCACAAAUAAGGACAAUAGGUAUACAGAAUCUACAACUUCAAUGUCAACAACCUCAUCUGAGGGUUAUGAUGAAGGUCUUGGUGAAGAGAAAGUAUACAAAGAUCGUUCACGUUCAGAAAAGAUUUCUUCAAUUAAAUCAGACUUCAGUCCACCCAGCUCCGAUGAUCCUGAAUACGGUCAUGGUGAGGCAAUGGCCGAUGAGUACUCUUUCAGCUCCAGCGAUGAGUGUCGAGCCAAUCACACUGAACAUCUUAAGACUAUUUCUAACGCAGUUAAGAGUGGAUCUCUGCCAAAGAGUACUUUACGCUCAGUAUUGCUUACCAUUGAAGAUCCUGCGUUUGCAGCUGCUGCUGCAACUUCUACUACUCUUAUAGAUGAUGAGACCUCACCAGUUGAUAGUUUAGUUGAUAGUUUAACAGCCAGUAUUACGCAGUCAGACGGGCAGCAGUCGAAAAGAGAAAAAGUGGUGGAAAAAGUCGAAAAUAUUGUUGAAGAUGAUUCUCCGGAAAAUUCUACAAAUGUUUCGAAUUCUCUAAGUUUAUCAGAAGGAAGAGAAUUUUUCGACGAUGAAAUUGCUGAUCAACCUGGAUUGACAUUUGAUGAUACAAUGAGAGGUGCACAUGAAACUCAGUCGGGUCGAGCGAGUCAAGCAGUUACCGACAACAGUCAUACAUUAGUUGAGCCUAUUCCAAAUAAACCAAAUUUACAACAAGGAAAAAAUGUAGAAAGCAGUCCUAUAAAUUGCCGACGAAUAAGUAGAACUGAUAGUGUAGGCACUUUGUCAACAUGUGAGUCAAUUACAUCUGAUGAUUUGAUGCUGGAUUAUGAAAGGAGUGAAACCAGUUCUUAUGGCGAAUCCAAUCGAUGGAUGGAUACCAGUCCAGCAGUACAUGAGAUCGAUGAGACAACAAUUCUUUCAGAACUUGAAGCGCAAGGUGAAGAAGUAAUGCGAGAAUUGUCUUCAUUAAUAAAUGCUCCUCCAAAAAACUCAAAUCUUAAUUUAGCAAAUCAUAAUUUAAAUAUCAACAAUAACAACAACAACAACAAUAAUAAUAAUCCUCCAACAGAAUCUGGAAUCGGCAGUGCAAGAACAUCGAGACUCUUACGUACUAGACCUGGAACAGAGUCACCGCGUUCCCUUGAUAGCGUGCGAACACGACAAAUACCCAGUCCUUUCAAGUUGGUGUCAACAGGAAAUGGACAAUCUCCUAACAUCGACUCUGGUGAUGAAGGAAGUCCAAGGCUGGAAAGAUGCAAUUAUCACCAGGAUUUAGUUCAUAUUAAGGCUGGGCUUUUAAAACUAAUGCGCAUCAUUCAGGAGACUGAAGAGAAUGUUUUGACGAGGGCGGAUACUCUCAACCCAUUCAACAACUCAACGGUGAAUGGUCUCUCCCAUAACCUGAAUGAAGAUACCUCAGUCGAUUCCAAUGGUUCUUUAGUUAAUGGAGCUUUAAAUAUUGCUGAUGAAUUGGCAGAUUUACGAAGACAAGUAAUUUUCCUUCAAGGCCAAGUAGAAGACAAAGACAGAAUGAUUCAGAAUCUUCAAUUGCAAGUAGCUAGGCAACAAGAAUUAAUGAAUAGUGUAGAUUCAACGAGCUGUGCUUCUUCGACUUAUGGAAGCAACAUGUCCCCUCUUAAAGAUGUAUGCAAUGCAGCAACACAAACAGAAAAAAUUCGUCCAGUAUCAGCAGGGCCAUCAUUACUUCAAUCAUUUCCACAAGAGAAUGGCAUGGGGCCUCUCGUAAGUUGGAGUAACACGUGGAAUAAUCAAAAUUCAUCACCUCAGCGACCACCAUCAUUAGUAGAACUCAACACUACAAAAAAUCAUCUUAAGCCAAGCGAUCGUUUGCCAAAAAAUACAAAAUCUCGUCUUGAUACAUCAAAUCGUUUGAAUAGGAAUUCAGAAAAAUCAUGUGCGAAUAAUAAUUCAUCAGUCAGACAGUCUUCUUUAAACGCUAAAGAGUCAGUAUCAAAUAAGAUAAUUGAUUCCCAUGAAUUCACUAAAGAGUCAUCAAAAAUAGAAAUUCAAAAGUCUGGUAUACCAUCAUUUAAAAAAACAACACUUAAUCCAGUAUCGCGAGGAGCGAGAACUGAUGUUUCAAUCACAGGCCGAUCGCACAACUCGUAACGAUCAUGUGCUUAACAAAAAAAAAGAUAAAAAUGUUUUGUAAUUAGUUUUCAUGAAGUCGUUAAACAUAAUUUAAUUUAAUUUUUGUACAUUUGUUAUUAUUAGUUAAAAGUAUAAUUUUUUUAAUUUGUAAAUAUAGAAACUAUAUUUGUGAAUUCGUAAGUAAAGCGAAAGAGAUUUUUAUGGGUAAAUCUUUCGCAUAACUACUGAAUAGUUGCUCCGCAGUAUUUCAAAAGCAAACGUUGUAUCAUCACGACAGAUGAUUUUACAACGUAAACUCAUUCAAUUGUAGAUUAUAUUUGUAAAUAUUUUUAUUUUCAUUAGUUGAAAAUGGUAAGGAAAUUAAUAUAAUGCUUAGUAAAAUGAUAAGGAAUCUAAUUUCUGCCUACUGUGUUGUAUAAUUAUUCAAAAAAUGUGCUAUUUAAAUAUUUGAUUUACGUGGAUAUUAUUUAAAUUAUUAGUUACAAUUGUGAUCUCAAAUUCACGUGCUCAUUGGCCCGCUGAAUUUAAUAAAAUUAUUUAAAUUAAGGCCUAAAGCAUAGAAAGAAACGUUGCUUUUACGUCUGUUAUUUGUGUCAGAGCCAGGUAAAAUAUUUUAUGCUUCUUUACAUUAAAUCAUAUUCAGUAAGUCAAAAAAAACUUGUUAUCCCGUCCUUGAUUUAUAUUAAUCAACUUUGCGCUCUGACAAUAUUACACUGAGAGAAUACAUUUUAAUCUGAAUAAGAAUUUAUUAUUCAUCAACAAUUUAGAUAUUUGUUAAAUGAAUUUUAACUUUUAGAAACAUUUAUUGUAUAAGAGUUUUGAUCUGGUAAUAAAAAAUUUUGACUGAUACUUAUAAUGAAAAAUUCAUUGUUAAGAAUUGGCUUAUUAUACAUAAAACAUACAACUGUUCAAAUUCUCUCAGUGUACCGAAUUAUCGAAAUGGGCCCUUUGAUUACCUCGAUAAAAAUAAAAAAAUAGUUGGAAGAAUUAUGUCAAGACAUUUUGUACGUUGUUACAGUAGAUUGUAAUCCAAUUAAAUGAGUAUCAUUAUACAAUAUAAAUCACGAAUGGCAUUUAUUAAUGUGGAAUGGUACAAUAGUUGGUACUAUAUCAAGUUUAGAUACAAUAAAGCUUGAUUAAAGUUGCUUUUUUUGGUACAAGAAAUCGUUUUAUUCAAUAAAAAAUGCAGAGCCAAAAGUAAUUGAUGUUGACACAUGAAGUGUAACAGAGUCAAGUAGAGUGAAUGUUUUUAAUGUCUGUGAAAAGAUAUCUUUCCUAUAAGUUUAAAAAUAACUUAAAAACUUGCAUUUGAAGGCUAAAAAUCGUACAACUAUAUGGGUAGUUAGAAUAAGUUAUAUUUAGAGAUGUGAUGUCAUAAAAGUCUUAAGAAGAUUCAAAAACUGACUUUAAUACAUACACUCCACUUACCUGUUUCAUAGUAUUAUUAAAAAUAUUUAUUCGAAACAUUCUCUUUUACCUGGUUUUACUUUUCAAUGUAAAUUGGUAAAUAUUCUCUAAAUAAAAUAUAAACAUCUUGAAUUAUAUAUUAUACACUAUAUUUAUUCGAAACAUCUGCAUUUAAAAUAAAAUGUAAUUCUACGAUCAUGCUGGAAAAAAAUGACAUGAUCAUUUAAAUUCAAUCAGUAUAUUAAUCAACACAAAAAAUUCGAAAAAUUGUCCUAAUUAAUCUUACAGGUAUAAAAUGUAACUUUAAAUAUAGUCGUGUCCUUAGACACAUGCAAAAUUAC